ACAAACGUCGCCUCGUCUCUUGCAGCCGAACAUCCUCUGUUCUCCCUCUGUGGCCCGGUCCGGUCCAAACAGGUCCGGUCCGGCUCGGCGAGCACCUCCUCUCCCGGCAGCGGAGCACCGACAGAGUCCGACAGGCAGAGCCGGGGGCAGCGCGGCUGCGGCGGGUCGGUGCCAGCUCCGUGUCCCGGUGCCAGCUCCGUGUCCCGGUGCCAGAACUUGUUACUGCAGGAAACAAACACUGACACCGAGCAGAACGUCUGGGUUUGUUUGUUUGUUUGUUUGUUUUACGCGGGUUCUUGAGCCUUUCUGUGGUUUUACGCACCGAUUUCGUGCGUAAAAUUCUGUUUCCUGGAGAAACUCGGUGCGUUGGUUCCAUCUGUUUCCCGACCCGUGUCGGUGCUCCGGGAGCAGGAUGGCAGCGGGAGUCGCGGCGUGGCUGCCGUUCGCCCGCGCCGCAGCCAUCGGAUGGAUGCCGGUGGCCAGCGCGCCGAUGCCGGUGCCGCCGAGGGAGAAGCGCCGCGGACCGGGCGGCCUCAUCUUGCUGAACGUGAGCGGCGCGAAGUUCCAGACGUGGCGGGACACGCUGGAGCGGUACCCGGACACGCUGCUGGGCAGCACGGAGCGCGACUUCUUCUUCCACGAGGAGACCAACGAGUACUUCUUCGACCGCGACCCGGACAUCUUCCGCCACAUCCUCAACUUCUACCGCACCGGGAAGCUGCACUACCCGCGGCAGGAGUGCAUCUCCGCGUACGACGAGGAGCUGGCGUUCUUCGGCAUCAUCCCGGAGAUCAUCGGUGACUGCUGCUACGAGGAGUACAAGGACCGGCGGCGGGAGAACCAGGAGCGGAUCCAGGACGACGAGGAGACGGACCCGGCCAACGAGCCGGUGCCCCCGGACAUGAGCUUCCGGGAGACCAUGUGGCGCGCCUUCGAGAACCCGCACACCUCCACCAUGGCGCUGGUCUUCUACUACGUCACCGGCUUCUUCAUCGCGGUGUCGGUGAUGGCCAACGUGGUGGAGACGGUCCCGUGCGGCGCCGCGCCGAACCGCGUCCAGCAGGUGUCUUGUGGCGAGCGGUACGCGCUGGCCUUCUUCUGCCUGGACACCGCGUGCGUCAUGAUCUUCACGGUGGAGUACCUUCUGCGCAUGCUCGCCGCGCCGAGCCGCUACAAGUUCGUGAAGAGCGUGAUGAGCGUCAUCGACGUGGUGGCCAUCAUGCCCUACUACAUCGGCCUCGUCAUGACGGACAACGAGGACGUGAGCGGCGCCUUCGUGACGCUGCGCGUCUUCCGGGUGUUUCGGAUCUUCAAGUUCUCGCGACACUCCGCGGGACUUCGCAUCCUGGGCUACACGCUGAAGAGCUGCGCGUCGGAGCUGGGCUUCCUGCUCUUCUCCCUCACCAUGGCCAUCAUCAUCUUUGCCACCGUCAUGUUCUACGCUGAGAAAGGUUCCAGUGCCAGCAAGUUCACCAGCAUCCCGGCCUCCUUCUGGUACACCAUUGUCACCAUGACGACACUGGGUUAUGGCGACAUGGUUCCCAAGACGAUCAUGGGAAAGAUCUUCGGCUCCGUCUGUUCUCUGAGCGGCGUCCUCGUCAUCGCUCUGCCCGUCCCCGUCAUCGUGUCCAACUUCAGUCGCAUCUACCACCAGAGUCAGAGGGCGGAGAAGAGACGCGCCCAGAAGGCGUCAAAGGAAGCAGGACGAGCGUUGGUGUGCAACACCAACCCGACCUUCGAGGUGCAUCACCAUCACCUGCUGCACUGUCUGGAGAAAACCACGAACCACGAGUUUGUGGACGAGAAGCCGUUGUUGGAGUCGAGCUGCAGGGAUCUGACGCUGGUGAAGCAGGUUUCUCCUUCCUCCUCCGUCUCCUCCUCUUCCUCACGUCACGGACUCACUUCCUGCUGCGCCCGCAGUAAGAGGAAAACCUUCAUCGUCCCAAACUCCAACACGACGGUGGGUCUGAGGGGAAACGUCCAGGAGCUGAACACCAUCCAGGUCCACGAGGGAAACUACAGCAACAGUCGAUCCAGUAAGUCGAGUCUGAACGCCAAGUUCGAGGAGACGGUUCCGUUGAACUGUGACCUUCCGUACGUCACCGCCGCCGCCGUCGUUGUCAGCAACGCCACGCCCGAAGGCGGCCAAUCAGCCGGCUCCACCGACUACACCCAGGCCAACAUCAUCCGGGUGUCAGCGCUCUAGAUGAGACCAUGCGGUAGCUCCGCCCACCGACAGGAAGACGACGCCGGAGCGUCGGGUUCGAUCACAGUCAAACCUUCCUCUGACUCCGCCUCCUCUGACUCCGCCUCCUCUGACUCCGCCUCCAGCAGCGUAACGUCACAGAAGAGAAAUGUUGCUCUUCUCAUUCUCAUGUGAAUUUAAAUCGCUUCUCCAAACGUUACGACUAGAGACACAAAGCGUUUGAUGCUGACCUUGAUUUCUUUGUUUUAAUUGAGACACUGUAGGACGUUCACUGUUGACCACCUCACCUGUUCAGCUAGCAUAGCACAAAGACUCAACGAGCUAACAGCUAAGCUAACAGCUAAGCUAACACCAAACACUUCAAAACUGGAGCCGGAUCCAGACGUUAUAGAGAAGCGCGAGUUGUCGUCAGGUCUUUGUUUCAGACUCAAGUCUUCCAGAGCUUCCACAUGUCACGUAACAAACAGGAAGUGAGGUCACCAUGUGGACACAAACUGGUCUCACAUCAGAUCUUCAUCUUCAUCUUCCUCUUCUUCUUCAACAACGUGGAUGUGAAAGAAAUUUAAGUGAAUAUAUGAUGAAAUUUUAAAUGCUACAUUUUGAAAUAAUUUCAACUUAAUUUCAUUCUAAAUGUGAUAAUUCAUUUUAUUUAAAUGUCUUUAUUCUUUUAUUUAUUAUGAAAAAUAUUUAUUAUUUUUAAUGAAUGCACUUUUUUAUAUUUUCUUAUUAUCAGUUGCUUUAUGUUUUGUGUGUGAACGUGUGACGAAGACGAGGGACAAAGACGCGUCUGGUGAACAAUGUUCUUCCUAAAAUGACGAACUCGUCCUUUAAUGCCUCGCCGUCGAUACAGACAAACCUCUGAGCAUGUUCUGUGUGUGUGUGUGUGUGUGUGUGUGUGUGUGUGUGUGUGUGUGUGUGUGUGUGUGUGUGUGUGUGUGUGUGUGUGUGUGUGUGUGUGUGUGUGUGUGUGUGUGUGUGUGUGUGUGUGUGUGUGUGUGUGUGUGUGUGUGUGUGUGUGUGUGUGUGUGUGUGUGUGUGUGUGUGAUCCUGACUGUGUAAUCACAUUUAUCUGAUCUGAUUGAUCUCUUCCUCUCUACUGUAAAGAAACAUCAAAAUCAUGAAAAACUCUUUAGUCUUUAAACAUCGACGAGUCUUCAGGUGAAUCUUUUUUCUGAUGUUCGGUUUGAACCUCGUGAACGUUUCUACGUCUCAUCAGGACCUGGAUCAGGAUCAGGAUCAGGACCUGGACCUGGAUCUGGACCUGGAUCUGGACCUGGAUCAGGACCUGGAUCAGGACCUGGACCUGGAUCAGGACCUGGAUCAGGACCUGGAUCAGGACCUGGACCUGGAUCUGGACCUGGAUCUGGACCUGGAUCAGGACCUGGAUCAGGACCUGGAUCUGGACCUGGAUCUGGAUUCAUCUGCUGUUUGAACUUUCAUCUCUGACGUUUCAGUUCUGAUUUUAAAAUUAUCUUGUUGUUGAUUUUCUUCAGAUGAAUUAAAAUCAGAUCAAAUUGUUUUUUUAGAUUAUUAAUAUUAUUAUUAUCAUUAUUAAUAUUAUUAUCCUUCUUUGGAAACGGAGGUGAAGUAGAAUAUUUACAGGAUUAUGAAUUCUUUUGAUCACCGUUGCUCGUGUGUUGUGAUGGUUUGUCGUCGUGAACAUUGUUUUUCAUGUUUCAUCUUAAUUUCCAUAAGAAGUUCGACUGCAUGAGUCUGGAUCAUCAAUUAUUACUUCUGCUUGUGUUGUAUUGAUACAGAUAUGAAUUAUUGAGAAUAUCAAAUAUUAAAAAGAGAAGUAAAACAUGGUCCCUUUAAAACA